AUGGGCAAAGCACAGAGCAAGUUAAGUUCCGAGCAAGUCAAGGAAUUGCAACAUUGCACGCAUUUCAACAAAAAGGAAUUGCAGGAAUGGUACAAGGGAUUUUUAAAGGACUGCCCGAGUGGCAAGCUUACCAAGCCCGAGUUCCAAAAGAUCUACAAGCAAUUCUUCCCUUACGGCGAUCCAUCCCGAUUUGCGGAUUAUGUAUUUGAUGUGUUUGACGGCGACAAGAAUGGCACUAUAGACUUUAAGGAGUUCAUCUGUUCUCUAUCAGUCACCAGCCGCGGCCCUAUGGAUGAGAAACUUCAGUGGGCAUUCAAGUUAUACGACAUUGACAACGAUGGAUACAUUACAUACGAGGAGAUGCUACAAAUAGUCGAAGCCAUUUAUAAAAUGGUAGGGCGGAUUGUGCAAUUGCCACCGGAUGAGGAUACCCCUGAGAAACGAGCACGAAAGAUCUUUACGAUGAUGGACCUGGAUAAUGAUGGUCGAGUGACAAUGGAGGAAUUCAGAAUGGGAUCACGCAAAGAGCCAUCCAUUGUGCAAGCUCUCAGUCUAUAUGAAAACGUCGUGUAG